ACAACAACGGUUAUGAAGAUAUUAUGGGACGACACGGACUAGAAGAAAGGGACGAGAAUGGGGAGAGAUUUGCAAAUCUAUGUGUAUUCAACAAAUUGGUUAUUGGCGGAACAAUAUUCCCAUACAAACGCAUGCACAAAGUUACAUGGAUUCCACCGGACCACACCACAGAGAACCAGAUAGAUCAUAUUUGCAUCAGUAAAACAUUCACAAGAUCAAUGGAAGACGUAAGAACCCAGGGAGGUGCCGACAUAGCUUCAGAUCACCACCCGGUGGUAGCCAAGAUAAAACUGAAACCAAAGAAGCAUUAGACAAUCG